UGAAACUUGUGUAUUAUAAUAAAUAAUGUAUUAUUAUAAAACUUACAAUAUCCUUAUAUUUUACAAGAGGGGGUUCUUUAUUCACUAUAUAUACAUAUGUAUGCAGUGUAUAGAGAGCAGCUUAGUAACAUUCUGCUCCCAAAAGUGUUUUAGUGGGGCCUAGUCAGGUUCAGCUACAUUGCACUUGUGCCCCUUACCGACCCCUCUCCUACCCAACUGGUACAUCCACAGUGUAGUUGGUGCAGAUAGAUUCCCCUCAGCCCCCCCCCCCCAAUUUAGUCACAAGGGUCCAUAGCUAGGCUGGGGGGAUUUUCUGUUUAUUGUUGAAUUGUUUGUUCCUAGAAACGUGCCCUCGAGGGUCUAUGUAUGAAUUAGUGAUGUGCUGGUUGAGAAAAUCUCAACCCGCACCUGACCCAGACCCAUGCUAGCCGCCUCCCCCCUCUAUGUAUAAACCUGCGUCGCCCCUCCCUGCCAAUGAUGUCACAAAAGGGGAGGGGCAGGUGCGAGUUUAUAAAACAGGAAGCCAGAAGUCGGACGUCCGCAGUUAAAGGUCGCUGGGAGGAGAGCAGGCAGAAAAUCUCAACUUGAACCCACCUGCGACCCACAAGAGGAGCAGUUCACCCACAGAAUCCAGGAGAGCCCUCUGCUUCUUGCUGCCAAAGAGAAUAAUGUGGGAAUGAUGAAGAAGCUGCUGGACUGUCCUUCCACUGAUCUUUAUUCCAGAGGUGCCAUGGGGGAGACGGCGCUUCACGUGGCGGCGCUAUACGAUAACCUGGAGGCUGCACAAAUGCUGAUAAAUAAAGCCCCCAACCUUGUUAAUCUGCCCUGCACCUCCGCCUUGUAUGAAGGUCAAACAGCAUUGCACAUUGCAGCCGUGAAUCAGAACCAGAAUUUGGUGAAGCUGCUCAUACUUAAUGGCGCUGAUGUCCGGUCUCCUCGUGUCACCGGAAGCUUCUUUGCUUUUAACCAGAGGAACCUCUUCUACUUCGGGGAACAUGUUCUGUCAUUCGCUGCCUGCGUGGGUCACGAGGGCAUUGUCCGUCUUCUUAUUGAGAGCGGCGCCAAUAUCCGAGCCCAGGACUGCUAUGGUAACACAGUCCUGCACAUUCUGGCUCUGCAGCCCAACAGAACCUUCUCCUGCCAGAUGUUUGAUCUCAUUGUGUCUUACGACAAAGGGGAACGAGGGGUGAGACUGGAGAACAUUCCCAACAACAGGGGACUCACAUCCUUACACGUGGCAGCUGCUGAAGGCAACACAGUGAUGUUUCAGCACUUGGUACAGAGAAAGAAACAGAUCCAAUGGACAUUUGGCCCAUUAAACUCCACCUUGUAUGAUCUGUCAGGAAUUGACUCCUGGGGGGAGGAUCAGUCGGUUCUGGAGCUUGUUGUUGCUUCCAAAAAAAAGGAGGCUCGGCAUAUUCUGGAUCUCACUCCUGUGAAACAGCUGGUGUUUCUCAAGUGGCGGAGCUGUGGUCGCCCCUAUUUUUGCCUUCUGGCUUCAAUUUAUAUCCUGUAUAUAGUGACUGUGACCAUGUGCUGCAUCUACAGACCCCUGGAACCCAUUCCUGGAAUUGGUAACCAAACAACUGUCACCAGAAAUAUAACCAAGCUCAUGCAGAAGCCCUUUAAUGAAGCCUAUCAAACAUAUGAAGAUGAGCUACGUUUGGUUGGAGAGCUAAUUAGUGUGGUUGGAGCAAUUAUCAUAUUACUACUGUUGAUUCCAGAUAUGCUCAGAGUUGGAGCCACCAGAUAUUUUGGACAAACCGUUCUUGGAGGCCCUUUCCAUAUUAUCAUAAUCAUAUUUGCCAUCAUGGUGCUGACUACACUGGUCAUGAGACUAACUAGCAGUGAUGGGGAAGUUGUUCCUAUGUCGUUGGCCCUUGUGUUUGGUUGGUGCUACGUCUUGUAUUUUACAAGGGGCUUCCAAAUGCUCGGACCCUUUACUAUCAUGAUCCAGAAGAUGAUAUUUGGGGAUCUUUUACGCUUUUGUUGGCUCAUGGCUGUGGUUAUUCUGGGCUUCGGUGGAGCCUUCUAUGUCAUAUUCCAGACUGAGGAUUCAAGUCAGUUGGGGCAUUUCAUGUCCUACCCCAUGUCCUUAUUCAGCACAUUUGAGCUUUUCCUCACAAUCAUUGAUGGACCAGCCAAUUAUCAAGUGGAUCUGCCAUUCAUGUACAGUGUCAUGUACUCAGCAUUUGCAAUCAUUGCAGCGCUCCUCAUGCUCAACCUGCUCAUCGCUAUGAUGGGGGACACUCACUGGAGAGUAGCACAUGAGAGGGAUGAACUGUGGAAGGCUCAGGUUGUUGCCACCACUAUAAUGUUGGAGAGAAAGAUGCCAAAAAGGCUUUGGCCACGUUUAGGAAUCUGUGGGAAAGAUUAUGGGCUGGGCGAGAGCUGGUUCCUACGAGUUGAGGAGAGAAAAGAUGUGGACAAGAAGAAGAUUAAACCCUACGUAGAUGCCUUCCAGUGUGCCGACGAAGAUGAUAGUAAGAGAGAAAAAGAGGCCCUGAAACCUUCACUCAGCGAGGACAAAAUAACCAUUCUCCUCCCGAAUAAAGAAACUCCCCCUUCUCCUUCCAUGCUCACCCUCGACCCAAAUACUUCCCACAGAAGGUCCAACAGGGGGUGGCAGAAAAUAAGGAAAACACCCCUUGAUCAGCUCCAGGGCAGAACCAAUUAUGGUCUAGACAUAGAGGAUGAAAUAUAUGAGGUCUGAAAUUCUAUCCUUAUAGGUCAUUCUUGGAAAUAAGUUUAUCAUGAAACUGUCCCAUCAGCUACCUGGGAUAUUAUAGCUGUGAUUUUAGGAACAAGAAGGUUCCUUCAGUGCGACGUGCAAUCUGAAUGAGUAUAGAAGGACCUAUUGGUACCUUUGUUUGGGACCUGUUGUUCCAUUCCCUAAAUAGAAGCUUUAAUGACAACAGAUGCAGAGAGUGUUAGUUUGUUGGCAUUGAGCUUUUAUUGCUCCAACAAUUAGAUAUUAAUCAAGGGCUAUGAGGUAUUUAUUUUCUUUUCAUAAUGAUCCACUGAAUGUCUAAUAAUCCUAACUCUAAUAUAUACCCAUUAACUGGUAGCCUUCAGAAUAGAAAUAAUCAAAAUCUCUGAAUCUACCCCAUACUUACUGCACUUUUUACUAGAAGGAAUUGAAGGGCUCAUUUACAAUUGCAGGGCAAAGUGCAAAGCAUAAUAAUAAUUGUGGUAAGCUCACUCGGGUAAAUUUAUCAAAGAGUGAAGUUCCGCCACUAGAGUGAAAUUCCGCAGCUCUCAAUUCAUUUCUAUGGGAUUUUGAAAGGCAUAUUUAUCAAUGGGUGAAGUGAAAGUUCACCCUUUGAUAAAUACGCCUAUAAAAAUCCCAUAGAAAUGAAUGGAGAGUGGCGGAAUUUCACUCUAGUGGCGGAACUUCACUAUUAACUUCCCUCUUUGAUAAAUAUACCCCCAUGUGUUUUGCACUACACAUCUUACUCCACUUUAUCCUGAAGAGAAGUUGCUGCUUUGUAUGUGUACUGCUUGCAAAUGUGGAGGGAGAUGGGCGGCAUGUCCUGAAAUGCCCCAUAUUUUUGGUGUCACCCAGAUAUACAAGCUAUAGAGCACUGGGAGUUGUAAGGAGCUGGGGAUCACCUAUCAACUAAGGUUAGAGCUAAGUAGGGCUCCCUUGUGUCUGAAAGUGGUGCACUUUGCACCUUAAUCCACUGCAAAGUACAUCUUGCACCCACCAAUGCUACAGACACAAGUGCUCCCUCUGUGGUUUCUAAGGGGCAAAAUGUUACACCCUUAAUGCUAUUGCACUUGGGGCACCAGCAUUGGUAUUACUUAAUUACUUAAUCAGCAAUUUAACAGCAGAAAACAACCUUAGCUGUUAUGUAUGCUAGAUUUAGGGGGCCAGGUAAGAACCCGCAGAGAGACAAUGGUUCUUUGGGGUGCUUGCGUAUGCCGAGAGACACGUCCCCCAAAAAAUUUAUUUUUUUUGCACUAUGACUGCCUGAAGGAAAAUGUAAUUUUAUUUUUGCUACUAAAUAAAUGUAAUUUUAUGAAUCGA